AUGAACGGCAUACUACUUAAGAAUAGUAAGGAUCAAGGAUAUGUAAAGAUAUUGGCUAUAAUUGUGGCUGCAUGGAUAAUGUAUUGCUGUUAUGCAUUAAUGACUAAGGGAGAAAAGGUAACUUUGAAGCAAGGUUACUCAACAGCCAACUCGAGUAUUUCAGAUGUAAAAAAGAUGACUAAGCAGGAAUUGAGAGAUAGACUUGGCAGAUCGACAUGGACACUGCUUCAUGUAAUGGGCUCAAAGUAUCCUGCGUUUCCCACUUCUCAACAGAAGAAGGAUACAUUAAGCUUUGUGCAUCUUCUUUCGGCUGUGUUCCCAUGUGAAGAGUGUAGGAAACACUUUCAAGGCUUACUAGCGAUGCAUCCGCCAAGGGUUAAUAGCAAUGAUGAGUUCAAGACAUGGCUGUGUGAGGCACACAACAUAGUGAAUAAGCGUAUAGGCAAGCCGGAGGUUGAUUGCAAGACUGUGGACGAUCUGUGGGAUUGCGGAUGUGAAGCAUGA